CUUUAUAUGAAAUACACAUAAAGCCACGUCCUAAGAAGAUAUAUCUUGAGCACUUCUAGAUAGAAAGAGAGAUAGAGAGCUCGUUCCGAUCUUUGUUUCUUUGUUUUUCCAUGUAUUGUUUUGGUUUGGCAAUGGCACGUCCUGUGUUCUUGCUAACAUGCGCUUUAGCUCUUCUAGCUUCUUCACUAGUCUCUGCUGAAAUUGUGGAGCAUUCUUUCGAAGUGAAAAAUUUGACUGUCCAUCCAUUAUGCCAAAAGCAAGUAAUCACUGCAGUGAAUGGAAGCCUUCCUGGCCCAACAAUACGAGUUCACGAGGGUGACACCCUUGUUGUUCAUGUUUUUAAUAAGUCUCCUUACAACCUUACCAUUCACUGGCAUGGAAUAUUUCAGCUAAUGAGUGCUUGGGCAGAUGGACCUGAAUAUGCAACUCAAUGUCCGAUACGUCCUGGUAGUAGCUACACUUACAAAUUCAACAUCACUGGACAAGAAGGGACACUCUGGUGGCACGCACACAGUCAAUGGCUCCGCGCAACCGUUUAUGGAGCAUUAAUUAUCCGCCCAAGAGCUGGUCACUCAUACCCAUUUCCAAAACCCUACAGAGAAUUCCCCAUUCUUUUAGGAGAGUGGUGGAAUGCAAAUGUAAUUGAUGUCGAAAAGGAAGGACUUGUAAGUGGAGGUGCACCUAACAGUUCUGAUGCUUUCACCAUCAAUGGUCGACCUGGUGAUCUCUAUCUAUGUUCUUCAAAUCACACACAUAAAUUGACGGUGGUACAAGGAAAAACAUAUCUCAUACGCAUCAUCAAUGCAGCAAUGAAUAACCAAUUCUUCUUCAAAAUAGCCAACCAUAACUUGACAGUUGUUGCUGUUGAUGCCACUUACAUUACUCCGAUGGUCACUGACUUCAUUCUCAUUGCUGCUGGCCAAACCACGGACGUACUUUUCACUGCCAACCAACCACCGGCCUCUUACUAUAUGGUGGCACAUCCAUAUGUUAGCUCACAAAAUAUAACUGACAGUUCCACAUCUACCACAGGGAUCAUUGUCUAUAAGAAUGCUCUAUCAUUGACUCCACAAAUGCCGGUCCUACCAGCCUUCAAUGACACACCAACGGCCUACAAGUUCUCUACUAGCCUGACUGCGCUUGUCAAUGCGCCUCAUUGGGUUCCAGUCCCACUCAAAGUCAAUGAACACAUGUUUGUGACAAUAAGCUUGGGCUUAAUACCAUGUGAAAGAAAUGACAAUUGUACAGGGCUAUUUGACCAAAGAUUCGCUGCGAGCAUGAACAAUGCAUCCUUUCAGUUUCCUACCAAGUUGUCGAUGUUGCAAGCCUUCUUCAACAAUGUUGAUGGAAUCUACACCACCGAUUUCCCUGAUCAACCACCAUUGGUUUUUAACUACACAAACUCAAACAACAGCCAAAACAGAGCAAUCAUAAUGACAUCAAAGUCAACUAAAGUGAAGAAACUUAAGUUCAAUUCAAUUGUUGAGAUGGUGUUGCAGAACACAGCCUUGUUGGGUAUAGAGAUGCAUCCUAUGCACUUACAUGGAUUCAACUUCCAUGUGUUGGCUCAAGGGUUUGGCAAUUAUGACCCAAUAAACGAUCCUAAAAAGUUUAAUCUCAUUAAUCCACAAGUACGUAACACCAUUGGCGUGCCGACUGGAGGGUGGGUUGUCAUCAGAUUUCAGGCAAACAAUCCCGGUAUAUGGUUAAUGCAUUGUCACAUGGAUUUACACUUGCCAUGGGGUCUGUCGAUGGCUUUUGAGGUUGAGAAUGGGCCAACACCAUCAACUACAUUACCUCCCCCUCCACCAGAUCUACCCCAAUGUUAAGAGUUGUUUUACGUUAUUCUUUUUUUAUAAUAAUUUUUGUAUGAUUCUUUCAUUUUUAUUUUAUUUUGUGUUUCAAUAUAUUCAUUACAACAACCAUGUAAUAAAGUUUGUCAAUAACUUAUUCUUUCAA